CAUCUGAUUGGUAGCAAUCUAAUCACCACACAUUGUGCACGUGCCGCGGAUUCUAUUAAGAGUUCAACCGUCGCCACACGGAGAGAUCUCAGAAGAAGCAAAGAAGAGUGCGAGUGAGAGUUUGCAGAGAAUACAUCAUUUUGUAGCCGCAAUAUUCCAGAGAGAGAAAGAUAAGUAUAACUAUGAAGAAACAUAAUAUUAAAUUAUCCGUCUUGAAAAUAAUAUACAAGAUAAUAAUAUAAAAAAUAAUAUUCCGUCAGUUGUGAGAUACAAUUCUUCCGUUGAUAUUAAUUGCAUAAAUGAGACAUUCAAUAUGAGGCAUGAUAUGAAUAUAGAAGAGAACGAGCUUUCCUCUUCCUCUUCAUGUGUUUCUGAUGUCAGUGAUAUAUCUUCAGUAUCAUGUACUAAUUCCUGUGAACCAUUAUUGUUUCGCGAACGUUUAGCGUCCUGCUUUGUGAGUAAUAAUUUGACACACGUACAAGGCAACAGUAUAUUAUCUGUUCUUCGAACACAUCCCUGCUUCUCCGAUUUACCAAAAGAUGUUAGAACUCUUCUUAACACACCGCGAAAUCCUGCUGUCAUAUCCAACGUAGAACCAGGAGAGUAUAUUCACUUUGGUCUCGAAGCAAUUUUAAUAGAAAAUGUAUCUGUCGUUCCAUUUGUAUCCACUAUCAAGGAAUUAAAACUGGAUUUUAAUACAGACGGAUGUAAUUUGGAUAAGUCGGGUACUGUUCACAUUUUGCCAAUUCAAUGCAGAAUUGUGAAUAUUCAAUGUACGAAGCAAAUAGUUAUAAGAAUCUAUAAAGGUUCACAAAAGCCACACGAUGCUAAUAUCUUUUUUGAAAAAUUUGUUGCAGAUAUCAUUAGAGUCGUAUCGAAUGGAGGCAUUAUUUGUCGUGGCAACAAAAUCCCAAUACGUUUGAGAAGUUUCAUUGCUGACGCACCAGCUAGAGCUUUCAUUUUAAAUCAUCGCAGCCAUGUAUCUAGCAAACCUUGUUCUAAGUGCAAAGUUUGCGGUGUAUAUACGGAGGGUCGUGUCGUCUUCAGUGGAAUUGAUCAUGCUCCUCGAACAGAUGAAGAGUAUAAUAGAUGCUUGGACGAGGAUCAUCACAAAGACGGUAAAAGUGCAUUAUCAUCGUUACCGAUGGGUAUGGUUUCACAAGUACCCCCCUUCGAAUACAUGCAUCUUGUAUGUUUGGGUGUUGUGAAAAAACUUUUGUCUGCGUGGAUCCAUGGUAAAUAUUCGCGGCUAUCAAAAUUAUCAGCAAGAUCUAUCUCUAUAAUAUGUGAAAGAUUAAAUAUUCUUAGAGUAUAUUGCCCUUCCGAUUUCGCAAGACGUCCUAGAUCUCUUGAUGUUUAUUCUAAAUUUAAAGCAACCGAAUUUCGUCAAUUUUUGCUAUAUACAGGUCCAGUUGUAAUGUAUGGUCUAUUGGACGAACGAGUGUAUAAACAUUUCUUGUUUUUGUAUGCUGCUAUUAGAGUUUUAGUUUCUAAAUCACCCUCGAGCCAACAUUUAAGAUUUGCAGAGCUUGCGCUACAAAAAUUUAUUCUUCGUUGUGAAAGUCUUUAUGGUUCAACUUUUCAUACGUAUAAUGUUCACGGACUUGUUCAUCUCAUUGACGACGUCAAACGUCUUGGUUCUUUGGAUUCAUUUUCUGCCUUUCCUCAUGAAAAUAAUAUGUCAAUGUUUAGAAAAUAUUGUAGAAAACCAGGUCAACCUCUUCAACAGUUUUCUAAUAGAAUGGCAGAGAAACGAGUCCAUGAUGUAAGUGAUAAUCGUCAAGUUGAUUCCUCUAUUCGCGCGUCUAUGUCGCAUAAUAAUGAUGGUAGUAAACGUCUCCAGCACCGUAAGAUUCAAUUUAACGGAAUAUCAUUAAGUACAGAUGAACGCGACAAUUGCUGUAUUUUACAUGACGGAUCUAUUUGUAUCGUUUUUAACGUUGUUGUGGAAAAUAAUGCCUAUCGUUUAGCUGUAAAGAAAUUUUUAGAGAUACAUAAUAAUUUUUACGAUGUCGGUAUGGAAUCGUCGGCUUUUCGAGUAUAUAAGUGUGCAACGUUAAGCAACGAGCUCUUUUAUAUUGAUUUGGACAAAGUUAAUGCGAAAUGUUACAGAAUGCCUUUUUGGAAUUGUACAUCGAUUGACAAUGUUGGAGAGAAUCAUUUGGAAACGUUGCAAUACAUAGUCGCUGCUAUUAUACAUAGUGAGCAGUUGUAAGAUCUACUUUUUGUGAAUCUUUUGGAUUUUUAUACUUUUAGAAGUUCUAGAAUAUGGUAUUCUUCUUUGUUGCAUCGUGUUUUAUAUACUUCACUUUCUCUUGUCGUUCCACUUGUACUUUGCAUUCGGUUUUUCCAAACAUUUGCAAAUAUUUGUUAUUGGGUAACAUUUUAUAUACUCGCUAACUUCUGUUGUCUUAAUCCUUUCCUCGGUGUGGUACAAUUUCCAUUUGCUUUUUCUUUUCAUAAGUAACAUAUGUUACAUUUGUCAUCAAUCUUCUUAAUCUGCUUUCGCUGCUGUUGGUUUGUGAUUAAAAUAUAUCUCGCCAUACUCGUCAACGUAUGGCUAUGAUUUUAAUAUUCCAUCGUUACUGUUUUCUUAAUCUAAUCGCAUUAAUAUUAAGAAACAGAUUUAAAUAUAAUUUGUAAGGAGAAGAAUGAUUUUCAA